GCAUGAUGUCUGGCUGAAACUGGGGUUACUGAAGACAGAAGCUCUGCUCCUUGGCCCUCAGGGGAUGCAGGGAGUGUUGGCAUCGUGCCUGCCCGAGCUCAGUGGGCAGAGGGUAAGGUCCUUGCCACGGGACUCACAAGGGUGGCAGCAUGUCCUCCUUCGGGAAGCUAACAGAGUAUUUCAGUCUGAGGAAAUCACGGGAGGACAUCCGGCCGGGACGCAGCACUGGAAGGAGAAGUGGGAGCUAUUGCUGCUCCGUCACGCAGUCCAGGUCCCUGGAUAGAAAGCUGCAAAGGCCUGUGUUGGGGAAAUCCCUGACUCUUCCCAGCAUCCCCCAGUCCCCAGUGCUGACCAGAGUCCCACAGUUCCAGGAAGGUCCUCCUCGACUUCCUCAGAUAUGUUCAUCUUCUUCAGAGAACCUGAGGUCUUGCAAACUGCUCCCUCCUGUAGAGUCAGGUCGUUCAGGAGAUCAAUUGCUAAAUAUGAGUGGGCUGACAACAAGAGUCAUCUCCUCCCCAGAGGAACCCCGUCUUGCACACCAACGCUCCUUCCACAUGCGAAAGAGCAUCUCCGUGGACAACCACCUAAGCUCUUGUCACUACCCUCUGCAUCCACCGGAUCCCCAGGGUCAAAGAGUAAAGAGCAAGCUGAAGAGGCAGUUUAGUCUUGGGUCAGUGGACCGGAAAGAAUUUCAAACACCGAGGUCCCUUGGGGGGUUUUCAAAGUUCACCCAUCGUUUGUCCUUCAAGGAGAGGUCUGAGAAAAGAAACGAUGCGGACUUGGCACCUCUGGAGCAGCCGAUGUUCCGGCAAAGAUCACUAAGCAUUGAAUGGUCUUCAUCGCCCAAGAUGACGCAGCAGAUCAGGGACCUACAGCUGGGCCAAACCAAGAAGACAUCGGGCCCUUCAUCGCCAAACGCAGCGAAGAGACUGUACAGAAACCUAUCCGGAAAGUUCCGGGUGAAUUACACUUCAUUCGAUGAAGGCAGCUUGACGGCGCGGAAUGAAAAGGAGAGGCUCCGCAAGUCAUGCCUCUUUCAGGGGAACGCUGCUCUCUUUGAGGCGGUGGAGAUGCAGGAUCUCGAUCGAGUGCAGGAAUUACUCAAGCAAUAUAGCGUGGAGGAGCUGGAUCUCAAUACCCCGAAUAGCGAGGGGCUUCUACCGCUGGAUAUCGCAAUCAUGACAAACAAUGCUCCGAUUGCAAAAACCUUGCUGCAGUCAGGUGCAAAAGAGAGCCCGCACUUUAUGAGUUUGGAAAGCCGCUCGCUCCAUCUUUCGACGCUCGUGCGGGAAGCAGAGCAGCGGGUGAACGAUCUCACAGCCCAGGUCGUAAACGAAGCGCCAAACGCAGACUGUUCCGAGAAAGAAAAACAGCUCAAGUCCUGGGAGUGGCGCUAUCGGCUCUAUAAGCGCAUGAAGGCUGGGUUUGAGCAUGCGCGUGUCCCGGAUCCCCCCACAAAUGUGCGCCUUGCAGUUACCAGCAGCACCACUUUACAAGUCUCCUUCCAGGAACCACUGAGUGUCAAUUCCGCCGUGGUCACAAAGUAUAAAGUGGAAUGGAGUCAGUCCUCGUCUUUUUGUCCGAACGUGGGAGAGGUGGUCAUUGAAAAACUCAGAAACCUGCAAUUCAACAUCAGAGGUCUUGUUUCAGGCACUCUGUAUUACGUCCGGGUAUCUGCAUACAAUAUGAAAGGCUGGGGCGCCCCACAGACCUCACUUCCAGCUUUUGCCAUCCCAUCAAACUGGCGAGAAUAUGACGGAAGAGCCCCAAGGAGGAAAGGUCAGGCGGAAGCCCUGGAUCUUCUGCUGGGCCAGGUGAAGACCGGACACCAGCACUGCGUGUGUCACGAGCCUUUCAAGAACCAGCCACAAAGUCGAAAGCACUCGGUCUCCAAGAGCCUCAAACACCUCUUCCAUCCCAGCAGCAAGUUUCUCAAAGGCCUCAAGAGGGGUUUGUACCUUGCGUCAAUAUUUUAUAAGGAUGACAACCUCCUCGUCACGCAUGAAGAUCAGAUACCAUUGGUGGAAAUCGACGACUCCUACUCUUGUCUGCUCAUGCAGGACUUCCUGUGGUUCACCAAGGUGUCUUGCAUGUGGGAAGAGAUUCUGUGGCUCAGGCAAUGUGUUACCGUAUCGCAGUCAUCCUGCUCUUGCAUCCUGCAGACGCGCUUCAAGAUGCUACUAGCCGUGUCCCAGAUGCAGGGUUUGCUGGGAUUCCAGGAUCUGGGGCAGGUAUUCUUUGAGCCCAUUAAAGACAAGCAAGGAAACAUCCUGAUUGUGACUCUGAAGGAGGUGAAACUGAGCCAGAGUUUAGAAAACGUGCGCUGGAUGCCGGUGUUCAAACUGCAGACUCACAGGAAGUCUGUCUCCUCACCGGAGGAACCCAACGCUCUGGACGUCCUGCUGAUGACCCUGCAUGAGAAAUUAGCUUAUCACAGAAGAAGUAGCCAAGCGCUGCCUCCUGGCCUGUAUUUAGGAUACCUUAAACUUAGCAGCGCUGUGGACCAAAUUCGGGUGCUGGUCCCUCAGCGAUUACCCAACAUUCUCUGCCACGUUAAGAUUCGAGCAAAUUCAAAUGUAUCAAGGGAAGAAUGGGAAUGGCUGCAGACGCUGGCCAGUGUAGAAGAGCCAGGGGCCAACGAGCAGGAGCCAGAGAACUGCCCAAACCUUCUGCUCCAAGAGCUCAGGACUGCUGUGAAGGAGCUCAUGAGUCAAGUCAACAUCCCCAUUCAAGAGGCAAAGGACUUCCGCCUGUACAGUCAAGAGGUCCUUGAAUUCGGGGGGCAGGUCUCUUUUCUUUUGUUGCUGCCUCCGUCGGAUGACGUCUGUACGGCUCCUGGCCAGAACAACCCCUACGCGCCGUAUUCUGGCUUCCUCACGCUGCCUCUGCAGAUCUUUGAGCUCGUUCAUUUUUUUACCUACGAUCGGGAGUUUAUCAGUCAGUAUUGUCAGGUGUCGGCGUUACUGGAACUCGAAUCUCUCCUAUCGCAGCAAAGUCUCAGGGAGGCCUUCUCCGACUCCGAACUUACCACAGCAAAGCAGCGGCACCAACAGGUCCAGGACUAUAUCCAGCAAAUGGAAGAGAUCUGGAGAGAGGUGCGAUGGAUGAUGGAUGCCCUUCAGCACGCAAGAUACAAGCAGCCGUCCUGUACCAUACCGCUUACAUGGUUCUUGGACGUGUCCGAGGAUGUUUACCUUGAGGAAAAGCUUCAGUCCACCUCAUCACAUCUGGACUACGUCCCAUCUCCGAACCCCUCUCCCGAAACCAGCCGCAAACUCAAUGCAGACCUCCUUACCGCUCCUUACUCUGAUAAUGAACUAUUAGAUGUGAAGUUUGCAAACCAGUCUUCCCCUCUUCUAGAUUCACACGGUGUGUCAGAUGAAGAGGGCUCCUCUGAAGUCUUCCUGGCUACGGAUAGCGACUAUGAUUCAAGCAGAGCCCAGAGUCCCAAGGAGCUGGACUUGGUCUACUCUUCAGGACAGGAAUGUGGCAGGAGAACCAUCCGUAGCUUCAGAGAUGGAACCCCAGAUGUUCUGCAGACCCACGAGCCCAAAGUUUUGUCUCAGGAUGAUGAGCGCCCGUCACCGCUUUAUGAUAGUGACUUUGUGCUUCCCAGCCGCCAAAUCGAGCUGCUGCGCAUUACAGAGAAGCGUCAAGCUUACUGCGUCCGUACUAGUAGCCUGGAUUUCCCAAAGCAGCCUUACAAGGCCUCUAGAAAGUCCUGCCCGGGUUCAGUUGAUAGCUCUCCAACAGAGACGAAAAACUCUGGCCGCUGUAGUGUGCGAGGCCUGAGGACGAGCACAUCCUUUAGUCCAGACCAUGACCCAUCAUGUGAAAGGUCGCAGCGGCUUUACCGCACGCACUCUGUCGAGUGGACACAUGACUUCCGAGAACCCUUGGAACCGAGAAUUGUAACAGCUCAAGGAAAGAAGAAUAACUCUGUAACGCUGCGGAUUUAUCCACAGUACGAGACGGGACUGUCUAAGGAAAUGAGUGUGAAGUUGCAUAUAACAAGCAAGACUCCCGCCCGGGAAGUGGUUAAACUGGUGGUUCUGCAGAUGAAUGAGAUCUCCAGAAGUAUGCUGGGAUCCACAGAAGCCUACUGCUACUCCGAAGAUCAGCUGGACCAUUUUGCACUGGUGUUCACGUCGGAGAACAAUAAGGAGCAGUGGCUUUCUGAUGACUUUCUGCCUUUUUCCCUCCACACCACAUGGAGUAAGGGCCGCUUCUGUGUCCGAAUCCGGGAGACCUCUCCUUUACUAUUCCAAUACGGUCCGGCCACGACGGUUUGAACGUUUCACGGCCAGAAUGUGGCUUUAAACCUCCGACUGCCCAAGGGAUGCCUAAACGGCCAUGCUUCCUUCAAUAAAGAGUUCCCCUUGUACAGAAAUAUGGGCUACAAUUGAUGGUUUUGAAUAUCGUCUGUUUUUUUUUUCUUUGUCAACCAAAGACUUGCUUUCAUGGCUACAAAGAGACGCGAUCGGUACACGAGGGAGCGAGUAUCUGUUACUGCAACUUGUUCACCGGAAAGGAAUUUGGAAAAAUGCAGUAUUUUUAGAAGAAGCAACAUAAAACAUACCACUCGCAAAAUAAAAGAAGCAAUACAUAUUUCACAUUCCCCUCCACCCUUUUCAGCGCGUUUGGGAUUUUUAUUGAUGUUCGCAGAGACUUGGUGGGAGAUCGGACGAGGAUCCCGCCGUACGUAUUCAGAGCAAAAGAACAAAAAAAACUUAUAAUAAUAACCACAAGAAACAGUUCUUAUUUUUUAAAAAGUUGUGAAAGAUAUUGUUUUUUUUGUGCUUGUUUCAUCCGGAAAAUAUAUUUUGUUGCACAA